CGGCCGUUACUGGGCGCCCCUACAAGCCGUACGAGUACUACGGUGCGGAGGACGCCGACAAGGUGAUCGUCAUCAUGGGCAGCGGCAGCCAGGCGGUUGAGGAGGCGGUCGAGUACCUGAACGCCAACGGCCACAAAGUUGGCGUGCUCAAGGUACGGCUGUUCCGUCCGUGGAAGGCCGAGGCGUUCCUGGAGGCCCUGCCCGCCUCGGCCCGCAAGGUGUGUGUGCUGGACCGCACCAAGGAGAGCGGCUCGUACGGCGAGCCCCUCUACCUGCAGGUCGCCACCACGCUGCAUGAGGCGGAGCUGGAGGACCCCUCACUCCCGCGGCGGCUUGUGAUUGGCGGGCGCUUCGGCCUCGCCUCCAAGGAGUUCCUGCCCGCGCAUGCGGUUGCGGUGUACGAGAAUCUGGACAGGUCUACGCCCAUGCGCGACUUCAGCGUCGGCAUCGUGGACGACAUCACCAACCGCAGCCUGCCGCCUUCGAAGCUGCUGCCCGCGGGUGUGUCAACGCUACCCACUGGCACCUUCGAGUGCGUCUUCUGGGGAAUGGGCAGCGACGGCACGGUGGGCGCCAACAAGGAGGCGAUCAAGAUCAUAGCCAGCAACACCGACCUCUACGCGCAGGCCUACUUCUCUUACGACGCGCACAAGUCGGGCGGUGUGACGGUGAGCCACCUGCGCUUCGGCCCCAGCAAGAUCCGCGCGCCGUACCUGGUGCAGCAGGCCGACUACCUGGCCAUCAACCACCAGUCCUACCUAGCAAAGUACGACACGCUGAAUUCGCUCAAGUCAGGCGGCGUCGUGGUCCUUAACACCCGCUUCACCGAGGUCGACUCGCUCUCCGGCUACCUGCCCGCCAAGGUUAAGAAGCAGCUCGCCGCGCUGAAACCGCAGCUGUACCUGAUCGACGCGCUGGCGGUGGCCAAGGCCACGGGGCUGGGCAAGCACGUCAACAUGGUCAUGCAGACCGUCUUCUUCAACCUGAGCGGCGUGCUGCCCAUGGAGCGCGCCAUCGCGCUGCUCAAGAAGUCCAUCUCCAAGGCCUACGAGCGCAAGGGACCGGAGGUGGUUGCCAAGAACCAUGCAGCUGUGGACGCCGCGAUCUCCUCCCUCCGCAAGGUGGAGAUCCCGCCCUCGUGGGGAGAGAUCGAGACGCCCAUCAUGCACCCCAACC